CUCUCGUUUUUCAUUAAUGUUCUUAGGCUUCCGGCGCCUAUCAAAAGGAGGGUAAAUGCGCUGAAGAACGUUCUUCACGAAUACAUAAAAAUCGAGACUCAGUUUUAUCAAGAAAUUUUCAAAAUCGAGAGAAUGUACUUGGAACGCUAUGAAGAGUUCUUGGAUAAGCGUAAAGCAAUCGUUUCUGGGGCGAUUGAACCCACAUCUGAGGAGUCGACUUGGGAUUAUUGUCAGGAGGAUGAAUUAGCCGAGGACCUUACUAAGCAGCAUAUCGAACUUGAAGAUACUUCAAGUUCUGAAGGAAUACCGAAGUUUUGGCUUAAAGCGAUGCUUCAUGCUUCUCCGACGGCGGAAUUGAUUAAGGAAAACGAUUACCCUGUCUUAGAGCACUUAACUGACAUUCGAAUUAACUUGAAUACUGCUGAAUCCGAAAUGGGAUUUACCAUAAAUUUCUACUUCUCGCCAAACGAAUAUUUCAGUGAGAAUGUGAUCUCUAAGUUCUACUAUUUCGAUAACAAACCACCUUCUGAAAAUCCCCUGUUAUAUGAUGGCCCACAAAUUGUGCGGGUUCGAGCCUCUCCCAUCACAUGGAAGCCUGGAAAGAACGUAACCGUAAAAUUUCUGAGGAAGGUGAAGAAACACAAGAAUCGAAAAGAGGUGCGCACAAUCACGAAAACUGUGAAACAAGAUUCCUUCUUUAAUUACUUCGAUCCCCCUAAUGAGUCUCUAACCGAUGAAGACCUGGAUGAGGAUACUGCAGAGUUACUGCAGGAGGAUUUUCGCAUUGCCAACUUCAUGCGAGAUGUGUUGGUUCCUCGGGCUGUUUUGUUUUUCACUGGUGAAGCUAUUGAAAGCGACGAUGAGUGCGAUGACGAAGACGACGCCGACGAUGAUAGUGACAAUGGUGACGAUGAUGACAGCGACGUUAGUUGA